AUGCUUCAAAAGUGGCUUGAUGAUGCGAUUGCUGAUGACGAGAUUCAUAAAAUACCACUCGAAGAAAUUACUAAGGGAGAUGCUAUUGGCGCAGGAUCAUUCGGAAAUGUUUAUUUAGGUUUUUACAAAUUAACCAGAAUUGUACUAAAAAAGAUAAAAAAAUGUCAUAUUAAAGGAAAAGAAAAAGAUAGCUUCCUCGCAUUUAUAAAGGAGUUAAAAAUACAUAGUGCUUUGAAACAUGAGAAUAUUAUACCAUUAUAUGGAAUUUGUGAGAGUAAGAGUCGAAAUUCCUAUUAUCUGGUAAUGCAAUUUGCAAACAACGGGACGUUGCGUGAAUUUUUGAAAAAGAGCAGCGAAACUUUAACCUGGGAUAAAAAGAUAUCGCUAGCAAUGGAAAUAGCUGAGGUACAUGAGAAUCAUAUAAAAAUCGCAGACUUUGGUCUUUCUAAAGACAUUAAUAGCAUACCCUCCAGCCCUUCGGGAAUGGGCUUGACACCGUAUCUUGAUCCUAAAAUGCUAGAAGACAACGAAUACAAAAAAGACAAACGAUCUGAUAUUUACAGUUUAGGAGUUUUAUUUUGGGAAAUAUCAAACUGUCGUACUCCUUUUGAAGGCUACAAUGGUUUAGCACUUGUGCGAAAAAUUAUUGAUCGUGACGAAUUACGUGAAGAUCCAAGUACCAAUACGCCUCCUGAAUACGUGAGACUAUAUAAGGAUUGUUGGCAACUUGAGCCGGAAGAUCGGCCUUUAAUCGAAAAGGUAUGCAGUAGAUUGGAAUCGAUCUCUAAAGUUUUCACCCAAAAUAUUCUGCAUGGAACCCAUGAUAUUUUCAAUGAAAACACUUUUACAACAUCUCAGACUGAACAGCAAGUUAUUAAAAGCUUAUAUAUAUGA